AUGAAACAUAAAGCUGUCAAGCCGGUUAAAAAAACCAAUUCUGGUGUUUCUUCAUAUACAGUUGAACCUGUAUUUGGGAAAGGAGCUGUUCGUGACUAUUUGAUCACUGGUGUUGGUGUUACCAACAAGAAGCGGUACACAAAACAAGACUUUGCCCUAAUUGCAAUUCUAGUAAUUGUUGGAUGUUUUAUUAGACUCGCUAAAUUAUCAAUUCCAAAUAGUGUCGUGUUUGAUGAAGUGCAUUUCGGCGGGUUUGCCAGAAAAUAUAUCUUGGGAACCUUUUUCAUGGAUGUUCAUCCUCCUUUGGCUAAAAUGUUAUAUGCCGCAGUAGCAGCAAUAGGCGGAUUCAAUGGAAAGUUUACUUUCCAAUCGAUUGGUGACCACUUCAAAGAGACUCCAUAUGUACUCAUGCGUGAAUUUCCAGCAAUUUGCGGUGUAGGCGUGGUUGUAUUAUCCUACUUGACUUUGAGAGAAUCCAACGUUCGACCAUGGAUUUGUUUCAUCACUUCGUCAUUGUUGUUAUUCGAGAAUGCCAAUAUCACAAUAUCAAGAUACAUCUUGCUUGAUAGCCCAUUGUUGUUUUUCAUUGCAGCAGCCGUAUACAGCUUCCAAAAAUUGCAAAAUAUUGAGGCAUUUUCUUAUCUUUGGAUAAAGUCAUUGGUAGUUACAGGUAUCGCCUUGGGAUUGGCAUUGUCGUCGAAAUGGGUUGGUCUUUUCACCAUUGCAUAUAUUGGUGCUUUAAAUAUAUGGCAAAUGUGGUUACUUAUUGGCGAUUUGACGGUUCCAGUAAAGAAAAUUUGGACACAUUUCUUUGUAAGAGGCUUUGUAUUAUUGGGAGUCCCUAUUGUUUUGUACUUGUCAUUCUUUGCUAUCCAUUUCCGAUUGUUGACCAAAGAAGGCGAUGGCGGUGCAUUUAUGAGUAGUGCUUUUAGAGCAGGCUUGGAAGGUAACAGAAUUCCAACCAAUAUUACUUCUCAAGUCGGUUUGGGCUCAGUAAUCACAUUAAGACACGUUGAUACUCAAGGAGGAUACUUGCAUUCGCAUGACCAUUUCUACCCAGCUGGUUCAAAACAACAACAAGUAACAUUGUAUCCACAUUUAGAUUCUAAUAACAAAUGGUUGAUUGAGCCUUUCAAUGGUACUAUCUACAACGACACAUUUGUUCCCUUGAUCAACGGAAUGAAGAUUCGUUUGAAACACGUCAACUCGGAAAGAAGGUUACACUCUCAUGAUGAGAAAGCACCGGUUAGUGAACGUGAUUGGCAGAAGGAAGUAUCAGCCUACGGCUAUGAAGGAUUUACAGGUGAUGCAAAUGACGACUGGCAAGUGGAGAUUGUACAGCAUAAAACUAAAGAUCCAAAUGCAAAGGUUUUUGUUCAGGCAAUUGGUACCAUAUUCAGAUUGAGACAUGCAAUGACAGGGAAUUACUUAUUUUCAAGUGAAGUGAAAUUGCCAGAUUGGGGGUUUGGACAACAGGAAGUGACCUCUGCAUCACAGGGUAGAAGAUCUUUAAGUUACUGGUAUAUCGAACAGAAUGAAAAUGCAAUCUUACCAGCUGAACAGCACAAAAUCAUCAACUAUCCAAAACUAACCCUUUGGGAAAAGAUUGCAGAAUCUCAUAAAAAAAUGUGGAAGAUCAAUUCUGGCUUAACGGAUCAUCACCAUUGGCAAAGUGAUCCGAGGGAAUGGCCAUUUUUGUUGAGAGGUAUAAACUAUUGGAGUAAAGAACAUAGACAAGUUUAUCUUUUGGGUAAUGCAGUGACUUGGUGGGGUGCAACCUUGGCAGUGUUUAGUUUUAUUGCAUAUACCAUAAUAACUUUGUCAAGAUGCGCUUUAGGUAGGCCAGUUCCUACCAAUAAGGAGGUAUUCAAUUUCAAUAUGCAAAAUCUUAACUAUGUAGUAGGUUGGAGUUUGCAUUAUUUACCAUUUUUCGUUAUGGGCAGACAGUUAUUUUUACAUCAUUACUUACCAGCAUUGUACUUUGGUAUCUUGUCCAUUGGCCAAUUCUUUGAAUUAUUUGUUGGUUACUUUGCAUCAAAAUCUAAAAUUGUACAACAAGUUGUAUACUCGUUAAUUGCCGGUUACCUUGUUUUGAGUAUUGUGUUUUAUAUGAACUACUCGCCAUUGAUUUAUGCUUCACCAUGGACCAAGGCUAGUUGUGAAAUAUCGAAACCGUUCAAAGGUUGGGACUAUGACUGCAACAACUUUUACAAGAAUUUGGCUCAAUACGACUUACCUGAAGUGAUUGUCUCUUCUUCAUCGGCAAAAAAGACAGUCCCAGCAGAAGCUAAACAAACUCCAAAAGCUGAAAAGAAAUUGGCACAAGUGGAGCAACAUUUGGAAAGCCCACCUGCUGAAAAGAAGGAAAUUCCAAAAGUUGAACAACAAUUGGCUCCUCCUGAGGUUAAAGCUGAAACUCCUGAAGCAAAAAAUGUAGAGAAACCUAUACUUGAAGAAAUUCCAUCAGAUGAGAAGUCCUCUUCAGGUAAAGUAGAAAAAAGAGAUGAAGUUGUUGAACCAGUGCAAGCUGCAGGAGAAUCAGUAAUAGUCGAAGAAGGUGUGUUGGAAAAUUUUGUUUAA